GACUCUGUGUCUAAGCUCUCUAAGCCUCUAGACUUAUAUUUAUUAGUGUCAGCCAGCAGCGACAAUGCAAGCAGCGAUGGAGUUGAAGAACAACACCCAACACCAACAGUCUGUCGAAGGUGGUCAUGGUCAAUGGUGGUGGAGGGAGAAGAAGGUGAAGGAUCUCAUGGUCGAGAAAAGGAGGCUCGUCGAGGUCCCCUACACGGCUUCCCUCACCCACACCAUGAACGCCUUGAUUGCCAACCAUGUGGUGGCUGUCCCCGUCGCUGCGCCCCCUGGCCAAUGGAUCGGCGCCGGUGGCUCCAUGAUCCUCGAGUCCGACAAGCAAACCGGUGCUCCACGCAAGCACUACAUCGGCAUGGUCACCGUGUUCGACAUCCUGGCCCACAUCGCUGAGAACGGUGACGGCGCCGACUUGGAUAAGCGCAUGUCGGUCCCCGUCUCUUCCAUCAUCGGCCACUGUAUAGAAGGUCUCAGUCUAUGGACUCUCAACCCCAACACCAGCAUUAUAGAUUGUAUGGAAGUGCUGAGCAAAGGUAUCCACCGUGCUUUGGUUCCAGUGGAGGGUCAUUCGGAGAACAUUUCCGGAGCAGAGCUGAAAGAAUCAGCAUGUAGCUAUCGGAUGCUCACCCAAAUGGAUGUCUUGAGUUUUUUGAGGAUGCACAGCUCUGAGAUGGGAAAUAUCUUAUCACCCAGUGUUGGGGAAUUGAAGGUCAUUGCUGAAAAUGUUUUUGCUGUAACCAACCGGGCAAAAGUCAUAGAAGCUAUUAAAUGCAUGAGGACUGCCUCCCUUAGUGCUGUUCCAAUUGUUGAAGCAUCAGAUGCUACUGAAGAAGAUCACACCCAGCUUAUCGAUGGAAAAGGUAGGAAACUCAUAGGAACGUUCUCUGCAAGCGAUCUGAGGGGAUGCCCAAUUGCUUUACUGCAGUCAUGGCUGUCUAUUGGUGUUAUAGAGUUCAUAGAGCAUAUAUCAAUAGCCCCCAGUAAUCUUGCGGGUGAUUUAGGCCAUUCAGCAAGAGAACUGGUAACUUGCUACGCCAAUUCAAGCCUUUCUGAAGUCAUUGACAAGGUUGUUGGUGCACAUGUGCACCGAGUGUGGGUUGUAGACCAACAGGGUUUGCUUACAGGAGUUGUAUCACUGACAGACAUGAUUCGAGUGAUAAGGGAGUCACUGUUGUCCGAAUUUGGAGCGACAUGAGUGUCUGUACAUGCCGACUGAAGGUGUUUUGGUGUCUUUGGGUGCCUGCUCUGAUGUUUCAGACCUCUGCAGUACAGGCUAACAUGUUAACAUGUACAUACCGACUCCUGAGUAGGUUGUGAGUUGUCUGGAAUUUCAUGUUUCUCAGGCAAGUCUGGAAGCAAGGAAUGCAGUGCAGUGAAAAUUUUCAGAGUUAUAAUGGGACGAUGUUCAGUUGUAGUGUUUUGAAUUUAAAAACAAAUUCUUCAUCUUCCA